AUGGGAGAAGUGAAGAAACGGGAAAAGAAGUGCAGGUCAGGUGCAGGUGGAGAUGGAGAUGGAGGUGGAGGUGGAUGUGGUUGUGCACACAUUACGAUUGAUGCUGAUUUUCCCUUCUGUGAUUCCUCUGAUUCGCAUCGUUCGUGUUUAUUGACUUCCUGUUACAUCUGCUUCUGCAGAAUCACAGAUUCUGAAAAUCCAAAAUCGAUUCUACUUGUUGUGAAUCUGGAGCAUCUCCUUGACGGAUGUGGAGGAAAAAAAGGGUUCCCCAGAUGA